AGGGUAAAGCACUGCAUUCAAGAACUGCCAUGAGGCCAUAACUAGAUUCUGUAGGCUUGUGCCAAAUGACUGUCAUCAAGAUUCUGGUGCUGACAGUGGGCAAGUUUUGAUGUGUCCUGAUGUUUCCAAUGAUUUUAUGUAGACAUACAGCUAUAGCUCACUAUGGAAGCCACAGCUUGUAAUGGAUCAGAGAAUUCUUUACCUGUCUUCUACCUGGUAGGCAUUCCCUCUCUGCCCGAACCCCUCUUCCUGCUUGUCUUCUUCAUUUUCCUCUUCCUCUACCUGCUUAUCCUGGUGGGGAAUGUCCUGAUCCUGGUGGCUGUGGUGGCAGAGCCCAGCCUCCACAAGCCCAUGUACUUCUUCCUGGUCAACCUCUCAGCCCUGGACAUCCUCUUCACUACAUCCACUGUCCCCAAGAUGCUGUCCCUACUCUUGCUUGGAGACCGCUUCCUCAGUUUCCCUGCCUGCUUCCUGCAGAUGUACCUCUUCCACAGCUUCUCCUGCUCAGAAGCCUUCAUCCUGGUGGUCAUGGCCUAUGACCGCUAUGUGGCUAUCUGCCGUCCACUGCACUACCCUGUCCACAUGACCCCAAUGAUCAAUGCUGCCCUGGCAGCCAGUGCCUGGCUCACUGCCCUCAUCCUGCCCAUCCCUGCUGUGGUGCAGACCUCACACAUGGCUUUUGACAGCACUGUUCCCAUCUAUAAUUGCUUCUGUGACCAUCUGGCUGUGGUCCAAGCCUCCUGCUCUGAAACCACACCCCAGACCCUCAUGGGCUUCUGCAUUGCCAUGGUGGUGUCCUUUCUGCCCCUUCUCCUGGUGCUUCUCUCCUAUGCCCACAUCCUGGCCUCAGUGCUUCGCAUCAACUCUAGAGAAGGACGUUCAAAAGCCUUCUCUACCUGUAGCUCCCACCUUCUUGUGGUUGGCUCCUACUACUCCUCCAUUGCCAUUGCCUAUGUGGCCUACAGGGCUGACCUGCCCCUUGACUUCCACAUCAUGGGCAACAUGGUGUUUGCUAUUCUCACACCUGUCCUCAACCCUCUCAUCUACACGCUGAGGAACAAGGAUGUCAAAGCAGCUAUCACCAAGAUGGCAUGUCUGCAAGACCCAAGGCAUUCUGGGGGAACUUGA